AUGGAAACAACAUCGGGGACCGUUUUUUCGCCAAGUUUAUGGGAAGGUGAGCCAUUCCAGGUGGUGAUUCCGCCUGGUGUAUACGGCACUCGUCCCUUUUCUAACACCCCCACCACCUCCCAAAAUGUCCUUAGUUUCGGCGAGACCAACCCGAAGGCGACGGUGGCUUCCUCAAGUAGGAAUGAUUUCGCGAAGUGUUACCGGGAGAUGCCAAGAGGGCCCCCCCCUCCCAUGGAGGCCUCUUACGAGCCCCCAUCCAGGGAAUCUAAGCUAGACGACCCCAACCGACGCCCGGGCUGCGCGCUGCACUCCACAACACACGAGGUAUGCCAUUCCCUCCGGGCGUCGGCCGCGGAGCGCGCCCUCGCACGACUCCAGAAGGAGAACGAUGAGCUGAAGCGAAAUAUCAUUGGGUAUAAAAAACAGCAGCAGGCGCUACAAGGGGUUGUGAAUCGGCUGCGAUCGGAGCUCGAGGCGAUGGGGACGACGGUGAUGGAGCAGAAUGCAACGCUUUGCACGCUCUCCGGUGCCGUUCAACGCCACGAUCCGUGCCAUUUGAUUAGGGAAAAACGCAAGGCGAGGGUGCUACGCUACAUGCCUAGUGCGGAAGGCCUCCAAAACAGCCUCGAGGCGUUGCAGACGGAGCGGCAGUUGCUCCAGAAAGAGUGCAAGGAAAAAGAUGGGAUCAUUUCCAAACUGAAGAAACUUCUUAAUGAGGUUCAGCCGCCGCAAACGCAGGUGCCGGAGACCAUCGACGUGGAGGAGUCCGAAGCGCCACGAUCCGUGGUGUCGUGUGAGGCCUUUUGCCAAGAAGCGAACACAACAGAAGGGCUGCAGCGAAUGGUGGUGGCGUUUAAUCGCCUGCUCGAUCGCUAUGAAGGGUUUUCUCCAGUCGCUUUUGGGGAGUUUCACACCGACGACGCGGAGGCCGCCGAGGAUGAGAUCGUAACCCUAUGUAUGCGGGUGCUUUCCUGUGCGGACCUCGCGUACCCCCAAGAGCUUUUCCGUGGGUUGGGCUCGGAAGGUCGACUUCAGGUCGUCGUCCGGGGCCCUUUUGGGCGGGACGUCCUCUUCAAGACGCCGGAGCAGACCACGCAAACGGCCUUUCCGAUCUUUAGCAACGGCCCGUCAAACGAGGGGCGGUUUCGAAUCGCCCGCGACGUCUUCGGGAGGCUGGAGGUGGAGGUGUGGGCGGGGAGGGAGGUCGAGCCGGGGAGGGCGGCCCUCCUCCUCGGGCGCACUUCCAUACCGGUCAACGCGCUGCUUUCGAAUCCCGCGAAAGGGAGUCGGCCGACCUCUUCUUCGGCUGCUGCUGCUGCGGAGGCCGGACCGAUCUGUUCGUUAUACACCAUGAAGCUCUUCGACCCCGCGAAGGAAGGGCAGGUGGUGGGGGAGGUCUGCUUUGAGGUGGAGGUUCGUAAGGGGCCGGGCGUUGGUCGGCUUGGCAGGUCGAGUGAGCCCGUGGUGAGCGGCCUCAUCGUCGAUUCUCCCGAUCCCCCGACCACAGCCGAGGCGGAGAGGCCCACAAAGGAGACAACGCGACCCGGAAAAGCGGCGGAGAGACCGCUAUCACCACCGACAUCCAGCAGUACGGCCUCGUAUCGUGAGGUAUUACGUGUUUCAUCCGAUCGCACGACCUCGCCGCGCUCCGCCGUUGACGAGGAAGGAGGUCUUUCCCAUCGCUCAAACGCGCAUAGCGUGCCCGCCGAGGCCGUCCCUGAGAAUCUCUCCGGAGGAAUUCUGGGGACGGAGCCUGUGCUGCGGUCUUCUUCUGAGGCCCCGCAGGCGCCACUCUCUCCUGCGGUGAAUUUAUACAUCUACGCCAAGGAGGGCUACCGCUUCACGGAGGGCAGGGAGGAUGAGGUGCUUGAGGAACUUGUGGAUUAUAGGACCCGCGUGUUGGUGUGGAUUGAUGAGCAACUCAUCUUUACGGUACCGGAAACCUGUGGUAACCUUAAGGUGCACUGGAGUUCUGAGGAUUCGGCUUUCAUUACCGCGGUCGAACCUAACCAAACGAUUCGCUUCGAAGUACAAGCCAUUCGAGGUGAUUCCGACGAAGACACCAUCGGUGAGACCUCUGUAAAGGUAUCUGAGAUCUUUUCUUCGAAAGAACGCUCGGCUACGCUCAAGCUUCCUGUUAUGCUCAACGGCCUGCAGUGUGGCAGCUUAGUGGUCGAAUUUUGUAAAUCAUCGAAGUUAAAUAGAUAA